GUUCAUCUAAUGUAAAAUCCCAAGCAUAAUAUUUGUUUGCUUUGAAUAGAUUAAAGAAUAAUUACCCAUUCCAAUUUGUUUAUUGCUGUAUGUGUUCCCAUUGAGAAAUGUUCUAACUCUUCCCUGCUGUAUACAAAACUAGUGAAGUUAGAUGUUUAUUUUUUCAAUGACUAGCUCAUUUGUGCCCUCAGAAACCAUACUUAGUACUUGUGUUUUGUUAUCAGGUAUCCAUUGUCACCAGGAAUUAAAAGCAGUGAUCUUCAUAUAUUCAACUUUGAAGAAAAUGGAGGGACCCGUUAUACAUCAAAAGCAUCCAGUAGACAUAACCACCAUCAUCAACAUCAUCACCAUCACACUCACUCCUCCUAUGGACACCUUGUCACUGAUAGUAAAGAUAAAGUUUCUGGAGGUACCAGUACAAGCAAUGUGCCUUCUGGAAUUCCCAUUCUUUUUGAAGAUGCUUCAGGGCUCAAAAAAACAGAUGUUGAAUCAAGUAAGAUGGCUUCCCCAUGGAAACCUUUGCACAUCAUUGUGAGCAAGAGUGAAGACCAGAAAGCAUAUGAAAAGCCGCUCCACUCUCCACUAUCUCCUCCUUCAUCUUUACCUGAACACAUAAAAUGCAACAUACUUAAAGCACAGAUGGACACUGCUUACAGAGGGGCGCCUCAGGUUGGUAAAGAAGAGACAUGUGUUUUUGACUUCAGUAAGAGUCCAAGCCUCCAGGACACUAAUGUAAGGAGUCCAGCAUCUACCCGUACUGAGAGUAUACAGUCUACUGGAUCAUCCUCAAGCAAAAAAGAAACCCGACCACCAAGAUUAAAAAAGUUGACAAGGCAAUAUAGUUUUAAUCAUAGUGAUGAAGAUGAUCUUCCCCCAGCAUUGGCUGCAGUAGCUGCCGAAUCUGCUGCAGAGCAGAGAGCUGCCCUUCUCCUGGCUUCCAGUGGAAAUUCUCAGGCUUCCUCAGUUGAGAAGAGUCCUAGUAAAGCAAACAGCUCAUUCACAUUAGAGCCAGGUGACCUUCUGAUGGAUUUCACAGAAGCCACACCGAUGAUAAAGGCAUAUCCCGCUGACCCAUCUAGUUCAUUUUUUGACCCCUUUACAACAAUGCAACCAUAUCCUGUAGAUUUAUUAGAGACUCCAAUGCAACAGUACGCCUCUGCACAGCCAUCUCCAAAAAGAAUGUCACCGGCAAUUCACCUAGUGCCAUCCAGACAAUUGAAGAACCAAGCACAAGCAAUGCAGGGAGCUUAUUCAUCACACAUUUCUUUAGUGGACAGUUCGGAGGUACGCAGACGCGAGCUUGAAAGAGAGAAAAUGAUGAAAAGACUUUUGAUGACAGAACUGUGAAUUUCUUCAUCAUCAGAGCACUGGACUCGGGUCUUUCGAGUGCCUUCUGUCACUUUACAUUCCACUGUGUUAUUUAGGAAGGCAAAUGUCUCCUACUGCAUUGGAAAUAAUGGGCCAAAACUAGUGAUCUAGACUACAGUUAGUUAAAACCAACAUAUUGCAUGUAAAAAGUAAAAUUAUAGUGUUUUAUCUUGUACAAUGUUUAUUAUUUGUAAAUAAUUUAAGAGAUUAACAAUAUACAGAAUAUUUUAAUAGCUUAAAAAUGAUUUUAUUAUCCUACACAGCUAAAUAUUUUUCAAUAAGGUCAUCUUUGACAUGUCUCAUGAAAAGUUGAGUGAAUGAUUCAGUGAUGGGGCACGAUUAUUUUAAUUCAUCCAGAAAUUGUUCAUAUACAUUGCUGUAUUCUGUGCCUAUGUAAAAUAUGUAUAACUAUUUAUAGAAAAGAUAUUGAUGAUUUUGAUGCAACAAGGCCAGUUAUGACUUUAAGAGGACCUUUCCAUAGCUGCCGAAAUUUUGCUUUAAAAUCAUUCAUAAACUAAAAAGCUAUUUCCUAAUGUGCACACCUGUACAAAUGUGAAUUCCUGCUACAAAACCAAUAAUCACAUGUAAUAUGAAGUAACCUAGCCUUUGGCUGCAAGUGGGGUGAAGUGCUUAUGUUGCAGGCCAAUUACAGGCACUCAGUGCUAACUUUAGUCAAUAA